AUGGAAGAAAAUCUGAAUGAAGAGGACAUAUGGGACGAAAAGUCUUUGAAACAGCUUAAACGAAAGUUAAAAACUUCGUCUCAAGAACGCGGGAAAUCGUCAUCUACCGGAUCCAAGAAUGCCAAGAUGAUAAAAUCUAAACGUUCAGAAAAGAAUGUAAAAGAAGGUCAGUCUACUCAAUCGCAAACAGACAAGAGGAAAUGUAGCGGAAGUUUGAAGAAAGAAAAGCAGAGGCGUAAGAGAUCAGACACUUCCAGUAAUCCAAAUGAGAAAAGUGUGGUUUCUAAAACCAUAAAUAAUCAAUUAAGCGCAGAUCAAUGUGGCUCAGCUGUCUCGAGUCCUAGCGAUAAAAUAACGCCUGAGAAAGAGGUCAUGGAUGGAUUUUGCCCCAAAUGUCAGAUGCCUUUCUGUGCCUUAAUUGGGCAGUCUCCUGGAUGGCAUGUCAGGGAAUGUUUGGAGACUAAAUAUUCAUAUGUAGGUAUGGUAUCUUUUUUGUGGUUGUUGAAGGUACAGUAUACACAGUAAGUUAUGUGCUCAGUUCGAAAUAGGCAUUGUGCUCCUUUGACAGGCUACCUCUACCAAUGUCCGUGUAAAGGCAAAGACAAACAUGAUAUCAACCUAUAUCCAACACAAAUUUUAAAUUUUUGAGUGUAUACACCCCCCCUCUCCCCGGGCUGUCAUUAAGAGCCAGGAGCAAGGGAUUUCCCUUGGCUAAAUUGUGGCUAAACUACUUUCAUGGGGAAAAAAUGGAAAAUAAGACCAAAAGAACUUCUUGGCUGUAAAUUCCCCACCUAUUAAUUGAAAUCUUAGGGACAGCCCGCAGCCCCCCUCUCCCCAACCCUGAGGGUUUAAAGGUGGUAGACCACUUUGACACAUAACUUUCAAACCAUACCCAAAUGAGCAUGGUUCAGGGAAACAGAGCAAAAUAUUAUAAAAUAGUUUUGCAAGACAAUCCCUGGUCUCAGAGGUUUUUCUUAAAAAUUUUCGCCAUGUGGGAGAGAACAAGCCACAAAGGGGCAAAAAUGUGUUGGAAAUUGGUGAGGAGUGAGAGAGAAAAACUCCCCUGCCUGCUGUCCUCUCUCUGUCCAUGCCAAUGUGUGACUCGUUUUUGGUGCUUUGCAGCUCACUCUCUCUCUCACACUAAGAAAAAUUUCAAGAGAAACCUCUAGGACCAGGGUAUUCAAGACAGAUCCGUGUCAGAACUUGGUCUGACUAAUGAAUUCAUGUGUCCAUUUAUGUCUGUCUAUCCUUUAAAGUUUUUAUCUAAAGUCUCCCAAGAAGCAUUAUAUUUUUUUCAAAAUAUUUGAUACUCAGUCAUCCAAGUAUUGUAUUAGCCCAACCAAGUGACAGGUGAGCUCAUAACUUAUAUUUUGUUUCAGGUGACUGUGCUGAAGGGAUUCACUGUAACUCAGUGUUCUCUCCUCAUUAUAAGAGAUAUUCUCACCAGCUUUUAGCUGCUUCUAGAAGUUGUGCCAUCUUUGAGAAAAACGUUGAAGAAAUAAGCAGUGAAAAAGAUGUUUUAGUAAGGAUCUGUAUUCUCUAUAAUUAUUAUCAUUCCUUUUGCUUUUUUCUUUUUGUUGCUAUCUCUCCUCUUCAUCCUUUUCAUAUUAAGGCUAACCAUGAUCUGAUUUUAAAUUUCACAAAAUUUAUCUUUCUUUUAAUUUCAAAUAAUUAUCCUCUGUAAAGCAACUUUCUUUUGUUUUUGAUUGAGGAUUUGAUUGACACUUUUUUAAAUCUGACUGUUCUUGCAUCAAAAGAUGAUGAGGAUUGUCAAACCAGGCAAAAGAUAUUUGGUUAAACCUUACCAACAAACCUUAUCAAAACUUCAAAAAAAUCUGGAACAAGCAAAAACACACAUUUGAAAGUUAACUUUUAAGUGUGUUAAUGUCAUUUCACAUCAUAAGAUACUAAAAUUAAUUGAACUUAUCAGUUAAUAAUCUGUGUGUUUGUUGAUAUAUUUCUUGCAUAUGAAGCUGUUAUUCCAUGUUCAUCUUUUUUUUCUGUAAUUUGAAUUUUCUGUAUCAUGGGUAUUAAAUUUCAGGAGGGUUUUUUAUUCACAGGUCUUUAAUUUCACGAUUUUUUUUUCAUAACAAAAUGUGAAAUGAAAGACCUUUGAAAAUAAGUACCAAUAAGUAAUCUCAAUUAUGGACUUGACAGUUAAAAGAAGUGGGAAUAUAUGAUUCUUGUAUUGCUGCUAAUAAAAAUGGGUAUACUUUAUAACACUUUUUAGCUGGUAAGGAAGUUCUGUCUAUAGUGAUAUCCAAUAUGUGUUCUUGCACUUGUUUUUAAAAGGUGGAAACAAAGACCCAUCCAUCUAGACAGCUAGACUUUUCAGGCCAAGAGUUGUCGCAACAAGGGACUAGAAUUAAAGAUGAAGAUUCUGCAGAAUUUAGUGCAAUAAGGGCUGUAGAUGAAGACAAAGAAAGUACACCAUUACAAACAUAUAAUAGUAAUAAUGAAUUGAAUCUCUCUAUUUCUUCCACUGAGAAAAAAGCUCAUCAUCAAAAAACCAACAAUACUUUGCAAGGUGACAAUGCCCAGGGGAGUCAUAAUAGUGGAAAAAUGAAGCAGUUUGAUGUCAAGAAACCACUGAUUACUUCUGAAAGUGUGGAGACUGUAAAUUUUAAGAAUGGUUUGGAGAAUAUAGCAAGAGACACUGGUGUGACAGUGUCAUCCUUUAUCUCAACAGAAGGUUUUGAUAUGUCAUCAGAUGAUGAUCUGUUUGGAGAUCCAGAGGUCCUUGAAAGUUUGUGUUCACAUACAGAGGAAAUGCAGCAUACAACAAAAAAUCAAGCUGAUGGCAAUGAUUUGGAUGAAACACAGUGUGUAAAUUCAACACAAAUUAAUGAAAAGGAGGAGGUUCUUCCUGUAAAAUCAAAUACCACUCAGAGACAGCAGUCACUGUCAUCUUUUGUUAAAAAGCCAAACAAGAAAUCAGCAUCUUCACUUAAACAAACAGACAUUGGAGUGUUCUUUGGCUUGAAACCUGUAUCAAAACCUUUUGAGAAUAAAAUGACAGGUGCCAAGAAUGUUAUGGAUGCUUCAACUUCUUCAGUAACUCACAAACAUGGAGGAUGGAGAGGAAGAAAACAGAAUACUUCACGCGAUCCUAAAAAUACUGGCUAUUCCUCUGAAGGUCAAAGUUCAGGGGCAGGUGAAGAUGUUCCUGCUGUAACAGCUAAUUCUAAAUCACGUCGGAGUUGUCCAUUUUACAAGAGGAUUCCAGGUAGUGCCAUUACCGUAGAUGCAUUUCGCUAUGGUGACAUUCCUGGUUGUCGUGCUUAUUUCUUGAGCCAUUUUCAUUAUGAUCAUUAUGCUGGUCUGAAUGGCAAGUUUACAAACCCUGUUUACUGCAGUAAGGUGAGUGAAUCUACUUGUAAAUUACUGAAAUGAUCACAACUAAAAGGACUACAGGACUGGCGACUGGUGAAUUUAAUAUUGAUAAAAUGACUUACGUUGGAACUUGUAGCUGUCUUUUUAGCUGACUGAUUAUAUCUAGAUUAAUGGGAGUUUCUUGGUGUUGCAGAUGGGUGUGAUCACCAUAUGACUGAAUACAAGGAUUGAAAAGACACUAAAGAAUACCUUAACCACAACACAAUGGUUAACCUACAAUAGGUUAUAGUUUCCACAACACCGUACCAAGAAACACCCAGAUUAACUGUCUCUUUGCUGAACAGGCUGUAUACUGACCAAUCCCUCACAAGAUUAUAAGAAUCUGUAUCUUUGGGAGUAUCUAUUUUAGUUUUCUAAGUUCUAAGAGCUUAUUAACUGAUAAAAUACCUUCUGGUCAAAUAGACAUUUCUAUAUUUGAUAUAUUUAUUGAGCUGUUUUUAAGGAAAAGGAAUUAUUGUAAACUGUAAAUUAUGAUCUGCCAGUAGUGAAAGGCUAUGCCUUAUCCCUACAUUAUUGAUCAGCAAGGAAUGUAUCAGUGAUGAUACAGGUCAAUUCACUGCAGCCAUAAGUUAUUCUUUGAAAAGUACAGAAUAAUUUAUUUGUUUUAGGUGUGAAUGGGUUAAAUAUCAGCCUGCUACUCUUCUUAUUUUCUAGAUCACAGCAAACCUUGUUAUAAAAAAGUUGUAUGUCAAGAAGCAGUUUGUUUAUCCACUUCCUAUGAAUACUCCAACUGUGAUCCAGAAUGUUGAAGUGACUCUUCUUGAAGCAAACCAGUAGGUUCCAUACUUAACUGUAUACUUCUCUUUUGUAACUGUUUUUUUUCUGAACCAGUAACUCAUGUUCUUACAACCAGGUGAUUGUACCAGGCCCAAACUCCUACAUGUGUCAUGUAAAUCAGAUGAAAAAUGAACCAGACACAGCUAGGGUGCUUUAAUGAUUACUGUUAUUUGGAAUUCCUCUUUUUGAAACUUUACUAAAAAAUAUCCUGAGGUGGACUUCAACUAUAAAUGACCUUAGGGUAAUAAACGUCCGGGGCAUCUUUUUAAUUUCAGGGGUCCAAGCAAGGGUGUUUAAUACUGCUAGGAGGUGUUUAAAAGAGAGAGGCAUUUAUUCUGAUGACCGUAACAAGCUCAACAAAACUAAUAUGCUUUUGACAAAAAUACCAAGAGAGUUUAAAAAUGGUGGAAUAUCCACUCCAACAUUAUUGAUAUGUCUAGGCCAUCUAGAAAUCCAUGUUGCUCUUUCAACUCCCAACAACGAUCUCAGAAUCCUCGCUCAGUGUUAUUGUGUUGCUAUCGUUAGUCUAUCCUUACUUUGAAUGUGACAUUGAACAAGAUCAGAUGAAAUACACAAACCCUGGUUAAUCAAACAAGAAACUGAAUGAAUUGUUCCUUUUUGGUAAUUCCUAGUAUUUUGGAGUAAUUCUCAUAGGGGGCGUCUAUUACACUGGGGGCAUUUAUUAGAGAGAGGUGUCUAAUACUUAACAGCGUAGAGGGGGCAUUUAUCAGAUAAGAGACCCUUUUUUUGGAAGUGGUGUUUAUUGGGUCAUUUAUGAUAAACCUAACUUCUGUUUAUAGUUUGAGUAUAAUUUUUAUUCAUAUGAUUGUGGAUGUUUCCUCUGGUGGAACAAUAGAUCAGAGCAUCCUGUUGUUAUAUAUGCACUACAUGUCCAAUUUGAAACAUUGGAAACAUAGGUUUUUUGAGUCAGGUAGCUGUCCUUGCUCCAGUUGGCUGUUUCCUAUCCUCAUUACAGGUUUGAAAAUAUUUUAGGUUCCAUGAAAGAAGUAAUGAGAAAAUAGAAUAUGAAUAAAGGCUCUUUCAAUUAACAGCUUGUACUGCACAAUAUCAUGUUAUAGUUUACAAAAUACUUUUUUUCUUCAGUUGUCCAGGAGCUGUUUUGUUUAUGUUCAAAUUUCCAAAUGGACACACAAUUCUACAUACAGGUGAGAUAUUCACUGACAGAGCCUUGUUUUACAACUUAACUCUAUUGCCAUUUUUAAUGUUAUUUAGCCACUGUCAAGAGAUUCAAACGAAACUCUUAACUGCAAAUUCUUCAUCCUGGCAAAUUCACUUCCACAAGAAUCAUCAGAUUUUUGAUUUUCUAUGUAUUAUUUUAGUGCAGUGUAUGUACAUGUUGAUGAUGAAAAUUACAUGUAAGGUGAACAUGCAUCAUGUGAUGUGCUGUGAUGGUAGUCAGGAAUUGAUGUUUAAAAAAAUGCUUAAUGAUAGUUUAAUGAUUGCUGAACUUAACGUAAAUUAAAGGUGACUUCAGGGCAUCAACAGAAAUGGAGCACUAUCCUUCUCUGCAGCAGUGUAAAAUUGAUGUUUUGUAUCUGGACACUACGUAAGUUAUUCUAGUAGAAAUACAAUAAUAUGCAGUCACUCAUGUAGACUUUCUACUUUUUAUCGUGACCUUAAGGCUAUCUCUCUCUUUAGUUUGGCACAUGACAAUACUUAAAGGACUAGCAAUUUUAUGUGCUCAAGCUCUUGGAUCUGCCUACAGCCUCAAGAGUAUUAUUAUAGCAAAAGUUAUGUUAUGAUCUCCCAACACUUCUCUGUCCCUCCUAAUGCCGCCAUUCUGUACAGUCAUCUUAAAGUUCAUCCAUUGUCAGUAGAUCGAGUGCCCAGUUCCAUUUCGUUGUUGCAUUGUAACUGUCAGUGUCUUUCAGUUUGGUACAUUCACAGGUCUUUUUGAAUGGUAAAACAUUUAAGUGAAGUAGGCUUCCUGAAAUAAGAUUUAUUUAUUUAUUAUUAAUGGUCCAACAAAUGCUUGUUGGGUAGUAGUUCUGUUGAAAAGCUAAUCUGAAAUUCCCAGUUUUGGAAAAAUUCUAGGAGUCACAGGAUUGUAGGUAGACACUUACAAACCUUGAAACCUUUCAUAAAACGGUUACAGCUAUUUUCCAGAACAUUUUAAUUUGUGUUUGCUCAUGUAUAAAAUUCUUUAGCAUUUUCUCAUUUACAUGUUACUGUGUUUGUUGAUCCAGAUACUGCAGUCCUCAAUAUUCCUUCCCACCCCAGGAGCAAACUGUCAACUUUGCAGUGUCCACAGCUGUUCAAGCGUGUCAACAAAAUGCAAAGACUUUGAUUGUCUGUGGCUCAUACACGAUUGGAAAAGAACGAGUUUUCCUUGGUAAGUCUGUUCUAAAAGAGUGGCUUACAAAUUACAUUGGCCUGUGUUAAGUGUACGUCAGUUUUAGAAUUUCAAUUUCGCCGAAGUAAAAGUGCUUGCUCUUCAUUUGUUCAACUUUUUAAACAGCAAAAGUAUAGAACUCCCUUGUGGAUAAUAUAAGUUCUCUAGUAUCUCUGAAUGCCUUUAAACUCUAUUUUAUUUAUGUAAUUUUUUUAAUUUCAAGAUUCAAAUAUAAGUAAGGGAUAUUUUAUUUAUGCGUGUCUCCAUGUUUGUUAAUUUUCUAAGUCAUUGUUUGGCAUUUAAAAAUGUUUGUUUUGAAGAUAUUAGCGAAAAGGUUACCCUGUAAAUUUGAGUUAAUAACUUUUUAUGUUUUCUGUUCUUAUAUGCCUCACUGCAGCUCGUUUUCUUUACACUUCAGGAUAAACUCAAUAGGCUUAGUUAUAAAGUACAGUAGAUAGAGGAAAGUAAACAAAAAAGGAUACUGUACUCUGUAGAUAUGAAUGGUUUUAAAAGUGUCGGCUCAUCUCUGGUUUAAUAUAAUUUAUUACUCACAGGUGACGUAAAGCAAAGAAAACAAAAUACAGGGGCACCCAACGACGGUUUCCUCCUAAAUACAUUGAGAACACUUUUUAAGGCUAUAUUCCAGAGCACUUUUAGAUCUCUAGAAAUGCAUGCCUUCUGGAACUAUAAAAUUUGUAUCUGUUCGGUCUUCCCAGGGGAACUUUUUGUCUUUUCGAAAUUAUUAGGGCUCUAGUAUUGCUUUCCCGAAAAUUUUAGAUGCAAUUUAACGUUUUACGAAAGUGAGAAUUUUUCUAAUUCCUCCUUACAUCGCGUUUUUGAAUCCGAAAAUUUUAGGUUUCCUUUUUACUACGAAAAAUACCCCAACCUGGGGGUAAAAUGUGAAAAAUUAGACUUCAGAAAAUCGUAGCGGAUUUGUUGGAAAAGCUUCGAAAAUUGUACAUGAAUGGAACCGCCAUCUAGAAAUUUUUAGCCGUGCUCAAGUUACAGAAAAUCCUAGGCAAUAUUUCCUUCUCCGAACAGAUAUUUUACAGAAAACAGUCGUUGGGUGCCCCUGAAAACAUCCUUAACAAUGAACCUAACCAUGACAAUAGCCCAUAAAACGAAUAAGUUACAUUAUACCGGGCGGUGGGGAUGAUUCCCAUUCUCUUUCCAGUUUUAACAGAUGAAUUUCCAUUAGAGUCAUAUCGGAUCUGACUAUUUUAAGCAGUGCUGGUUGCUGGAAUGAUUUCAUGUUUUCGUUUUUAUUUACUAGCCAUUGCAGAGGCACUUGGUUGUAAAAUCAGUGUAGAAAAACAGAAGAAAAAAGUGCUGGAAUGUCUUGAGUCGGAACACAUCAACUCACUGAUCACUACAGAUUGGAGGGAAGGAAGGGUACAUGUACUGCCAAUGGCUAAACUUACAUUGCAGGUAAAAUAAUGUCUUGUGCAUUUAGUAAACCAUAAAUAUUAUUAUGUCUACAGUUUUCAUGUGUAUUUCACGCUAGCAAGUGUCUAUUGUCACCUUUCGGAAAGAUUAUUUUAAUUAUAAUGAUGGUUUAAAAAACGAGAUAUAUUACACAUUAGUACACCUCUAGUUUUGGGCGACAUAACUUCGGGAGAGAUGACUUUGGGGCGAUUUGACCUUUUACCGCCGCAAGGAUCAGCCCAGGAGGGUCUACUACAGGCGAAUGUGACGAGGAUAACGUAGUCAAGAUGGUUCUAAUUCUUGGUUAUGUGUGUUGGAAAAUAAUAGUGCUUGACACAACAAAAAUAUGAAAUAUUUGCCCUUAAAACACUGCAAAACGUUAUAAGCAGGUUUCUAGCGAUUCCAUGGUGUAACAUUGGACUAAUAAAAGAUGCAAAUAUUAGUAAAAUAUUAAUCCUCUUGUAUGGAGAGAUUUGGGGGGUUGGUAAUAACUAAUAAUGGUGACAUGACUUGAUCAAUAAUAAAAGAGACGAAACAAGUGGGAUAAAUGUGUAAAAUAUCUCGUGUUUUAAGCCUUGAUGAAAUGAAACAAGCGCUCUAUAAAUGAGACGCUUUUGAUGAGACGAAACAAGCGCGAUAAAAGAGUACCAGUUCACACUUUUAAUAUAAGCUUUGAUAAGACGAAACACGCGCACCUCAAGAGAUAAAUGUGUAAUAGAGAAGCUUAAUGUUGUUGAGCAUAAUAAAAAUUUCAGGCUACUUACUAAAAAUUUCGAGUAACAUAACUCUGGUUCUUGUUUUGGGCGAGAUGACUUUCGGACGACUUGAGCUUAAACCCUUGUGGCACUGCAAAGGGUCUUACAUUAUCCCUUUUGUAGUUUGUGUUUACACGCGUUCAAUGCCUGUCUCUCUGUAGAAUCUAGCAGCAUAUCUGGAGUCACACGGGACGCAAUUUACAUCUUUGUUAGCAUUUAAACCUACUGGAUGGGAACACAGUGCAAAAACAGACAACUUGUCCAUGAUAAAACCCGCAAAGAGAGGAAAUGUUACAAUUUAUGGUAUGUACUAUGCGUUUUCGUUUUAAAAGAAAACUAAUGACAAAACCGUUUCAACUACUUUAUGUACAUGUAAUUGAUGUCAAAUGUGAAGGAAAUUAUAGCAUCGGUUGUGGAUACAUACAUAGAGAGAAAGAGAAAAAAGUGUGAAAAAGUACAUCUAUUUUAAGAAAAGCCAAGGGAAGCUUUAAUUUUUGAAAUGCUAAUCAUCGGAAUCAAGAGACCGAAACACUCAAGCGGAUUCUUUCCACGCCAAUCUUUUUAAUGAAUUGUCAAUUUCUUUAAUUUUCUGGCGUCAAUUUUGAUUUACAUCUACUUUUCCACACUUGCUUCUCUGUAUAUAUCCGCGAACAUUGUUAAUUUUCUUCACAUUUUGACAAUAAUGACAUGAAGUCGUCAAAAUGUCAUGUUACAUUUUUAUCUUUUAUUUUCUUUUAACAUAUCUAUCGAAAUCAUUGCAAGAGAUUUACUGCUACAAGGCACAAACUUUAAGGGAAUAGCGUCCCAUUUUAGGGUUAGGGUUGUACUUAACCUCUGAAACAAGAACACUGUUUCCCCAAGUUUUUAAUUUUCUGACAUGAGGUGGUCAGAGUUUAGGCCUGGACGCCUCCUCUUACAUCUAAAAUGAUGAUGUAAUGGUUACAAGCAGAAAAGUAAGAAUACAAUUUGAAUGAAUCUAUUUGGAACCUUGUAGGGGUGAAAAUGAACUUAAACCACGCCCAUAUAACUGGCAUCACGUCGCUGGUAGCAUGUUUCUAGAGUGGUUCUUUAGUCCCCAAUAGGUAGACGAACAAAACGUGGACUCUUUUUCUUGUUCUUUUAGGUGUACCUUACAGUGAGCACAGCAGCUUUACAGAGCUUGAAAGAUUUGUCAAGUUUGUUAAACCAAAGAGGAUCAUUCCAACUGUCAAUAUUCAUUCUGCUGAAAGCAGGACACAAAUGCAAACAAUCUUUAAUAAUUGGCUGUCACAUACAGUAAAUUGAUACCUGUAGCCGACUAUAUAAAAAUUAUGCUAAGGGCUUCUUGAUUUCUUUGCUUAGACCAAUGUAAAUAGCCGGAAUGCGACAGCCUAGAGCUGAUUCCUAGCGGAC